AUGAAGCAGUCACAUUCUGCAGAUUGGUCAUCCACACCUAUGGAUGCGGAGGAUUUUGCUCCAAAACCCCUGUCGGAAAGAGAAAUCAUUGCGCUGUUUGAAAAAAUGAUGGAAGAUAUGAAUUUAAAUGAAGACAAGAAGAUGCCAUUGAGAGAAAAGGAUUUUAAUACCAAAAAAGAAAUGGUGAUGCAAUAUAUUAGCACUGCUUCGAAGUCUGGAAGUCUCAAGAACAGUCGGAAGAUUUCACCCCAAGAGUUUAUUCAGGAAUUAAAAUCUGGGUCAACAGAUGAAAGACUAGUCACUUGCUUAGAAUCUCUCCGUGUGUCCUUGACUAGUAAUCCUGUCAGCUGGGUUGAAAACUUUGGCCGAGAAGGUCUGGGGCUGCUGUUGGAUGUUUUGGAAAGAUUGGUUGAGAUGAAAAACCAGGACAAAGUUGUGAAGAGGAGUCAGCAUAAGGUUAUACAAUGUUUGAGAGCCUUCAUGAAUAAUAAGUAUGGAUUGGAAAGAAUUUUGGGAGAAGAGAGAAGCCUUUUGUUGCUGAUCAAAGCAAUUGAUCCCAAGCAAACUAACAUGAUGACGGAUAUAGUUAAACUCCUUUCUGCAAUGUGCAUUGUUGGAGAGGAAAACAUCCUUGAAAAAAUUUUGGAAGCUGUAACAGCAGCAGCAGAGGAAAGGAAUGUUGAUAGAUUCUCUCCUAUUGUAGAAGGUCUUCAGGAUAACUCAGUUCAGCUGCAAGUAGCUUGCAUGCAGCUCAUCAAUGCUCUCGUUACAUCUCCUGAUGACUUGGAUUUUAGGCUUCACAUCAGAAAUGAAUUUAUGCGCAGUGGAUUGAAAGAGAUAUUGCCACAAUUGAAAUGUAUAAAGAAUGAAGCACUAGAUAUUCAGCUGAAAGUGUUCAAUGAGCAUAAGGAAGAAGACAUGAUAGAAUUCUCUCAUCGUUUAGAAGAUAUUAGAUCUGAACUAGAUGAAGUAAAUGAUGUGUACAACAUGGUGUGGAAUACAGUUAAGGACACUAGCGCUGAAGGAUAUUUUCUUUCUAUUCUCCAACAUCUUCUGCUGAUAAGAAAUGAUUAUUUUAUACGUCCACAGUAUUUCAAAUUAAUUGAAGAGUGUGUGUCCCAGAUAGUGUUACAUCGAAGUGGAACAGACCCAGAUUUCACGUAUCGUAAAAGAUUAGAUAUAAAUUUCAGCCACUUAGUAGAUAUUUGUGUAGAUAAAGCAAGAUUAGAAGAAUGUGAAGAGAGGGCUUCUGAACUUUCCAGAAAAUUUGAAAAAGAUUUUGUAGUUCAUCAGGAGACCCAGGCCUUACUGCAAAAAAAAGAAGAAAGAAUCAAUGAACUUGAAGCAGAAUUACAAGCUUUUAAAUCACAGUAUGGCUCCUUGCCACCUGGUUUUCUACCCUCAACACGUGGAGAUGCAUCUGUCGUUCCACUGGAAGCUGCAGGACCGCAUCAACUGCCACCUCCUCCUCCUCCACCGCUGCCUUCUAAUGGACCAAUUCCACCACCACCACCUCCCCCUCCUCCUCCACCACUUUUGAAUGGUUUGGGAAUUCCUCUGGCUUUUGGUGGUGCUCCUCCACCACCGCCUCUACCAGGCCUGCCUGGAGCACAGUGGUCUCCACCUUCAUGUACUUUGCCGUUUGGAAUGAAGCCUAAAAAAGAAUUCAGACCUGAGGUUACCAUGAAAAGACUCAACUGGUCCAAGAUCAGGCCUCAGGAAAUGACAGAAUCCUGUUUUUGGGUUAAGGCGGAAGAGGACAAGUACGAGAAUGCUGACAUGCUUUGCAAAUUGGAACUUACAUUUUGUUGUCAAAAAAGGGUAAAAAAAGAGGAGGAGGAUUUUGAAGAAAAGAAAUCCAUUAAGAAACGAAUCAAAGAAUUAAAAGUUUUGGACCCAAAGAUUGCACAGAAUCUGUCAAUUUUCCUUGGCUCUUUCCGAGUGCCUUAUGAGGAAAUCAAAAUGAUGAUAUUGGAAGUAGACGAAACACAGCUGUCAGAGUCCAUGAUUCAGAAUUUAAUAAAACAUCUUCCCGAACAAGAACAAUUGAAUGCAUUGUCCAAGUUCAAGAGCGAGUAUAAUAAUUUGUCUGAGCCGGAGCAGUUUGGAGUUGUGAUGAGCAACGUGAAGAGACUACGGCCACGGCUCAGUGCUAUUCUUUUUAAGCUUCAGUUUGAGGAGCAGGUGAACAACAUCAAACCUGACAUCAUGGCUGUCAGUGCUGCCUGUGAAGAGAUAAAGAAGAGUAAAAGCUUUAGCAAGCUGCUGGAACUAGUAUUGUUAAUGGGAAACUACAUGAAUGCAGGUUCUCGGAAUGCACAAACCUUUGGAUAUAAUCUCAGCUCCCUAUGUAAACUGAAGGACACAAAGUCGGCAGAUCAGAAAACAACAUUGCUCCAUUUUCUUGUAGAAGUGUGUGAAGAAAGCUAUCAGGAUGUUCUGAAUUUUGUUGAGGAUUUUCAGCAUUUAGAUAAAGCUAGUAAAGUCUCGGCAGAAAACCUGGAGAAGAGCCUGAAGCAUAUGGAGAGGCAACUCCAACAGCUCGAGAAGGAUUUGCAGACUUUUCCAGUUCCUGAAGAUAAGCACGAUAAGUUUGUAGCAAAAAUGUCAAGCUUUCUAGUUCAUGCCAGAGAAGAUUUUCAGAAACUUUCACGGAUGCAUGAGAACAUGGAAAAACUCUAUCAGAACGUGAUGGGAUAUUAUGCCAUUGAUCUGAAGAAAAUUUCAGUGGAGGAGUUUUUAACGGACUUAAACAACUUCAGGACGAUGUUCAUGCAAGCAGUAAAGGAGAAUAUGAGAAGAAGGGAAGCAGAAGAAAAACAGAGGCGUGCUAAAAUAGCUAAGGAGAAAGCGGAAAAAGAAAAACAAGAGAGGCAACAAAAGAAAAAGCGCUUGUUAGAAAUGAAAACAGAAGGGGAGGAGACUGGAGUGAUGGAUAGCCUGUUGGAGGCCUUGCAAUCAGGUGCAGCUUUUCGAGACCGAAGGAAAAGGACACCAAGGUCUAAAGACAUACCACAAAAUCUCAGUCCAACCACACAGAGGCCUGUGCUGAAAGCUUGUAACCAUGAGAACCAGAAAGGACAACUAGAGAAGUCAUGUUUGCACCACAGUAUCAGUUCAAACUUGACAAGAAGCCCAGUCACCAAAGAGGUUACUUAUGAUGUGGAAACAAGUUCUUCUACGGCAUGGAACAAGGCGGUUGGGAGAAAGGAAGCCUGUCAUGGAGAAGGCAACAAAGAAAAGAAAAUAGAUCGUAUCCGGUCUCCUUCUAAGGGGGAAGCCAUUCCAGAAGUAGAAGCUCUCCUGGCAAGACUGCGAGCGCUGUAGAAUAAUCACAUAAAGGAUUAAAUCAAAGCUUAAAACCAAGCUAUAAUAGCCUACAUCUUUAAAGAUACACUAAUUUUCUAUUAUUGACAUUACAUACUUCUGAGUUCCCAACUUCACUAUGGAUGAAUACUUCUAAACUGUUCGUUUGCAAGACUGUACGAAAUGAUACUAUAGUUUUGCAUAACUGCAAGAUG